AUGGAUAUAUUAAAUAAAAUAAUAAAGGAUAUAAUAUAUAAGAUAAAAAUAUAUCAUGUAAAAUAUGGAAUAGAUUUGAACGAUUUUCACAACUUAUUAUUUGUGAUAACACUAUUAUUUGGAUUAGUAUUUUUGUUAUAUCUUUUAUUAAUAUUGUUCAAUAUAUUUUUUAAAAAAUCCAAGCCAAAUAAUGUUGUAUUAUUAUUAGGACCAUGUGAUAGUGGGAAGACCACAUUUUUAUUCAAAUUAAAAACGGAUAAAUUGUGUAGAACCGUGCCCUCUAUGAAAGAAAAUAUUGCAUUUAUAUUUUUAAAAAAUAAGAAGAAACAAAAGUGUAUACGUUUUGUUGAUUUCCCAGGACAUCCUAAACUUUCAUAUUCACUUAAUAAAUAUUUUAAUAUAACAAAUGUUAUCGUUUAUAUGAUAGACAGUUCAGAUAGGCAGUCUCUUAAAUUUGUAGCAGAAAAAUUAUUUGAGCUGUUUACCAACAAAGUAAUUGUAAAGAAAAAAAUUCCCUUCAUUAUUGUGUGUAAUAAAACCGAUUUGUGUAAUUCAAGACCAAAGCAAGUUAUAAAAGAAGAUUUGGAAAGGGAAAUUGAAAUUUUAAAAAUGUCAAAAUAUAAUAACCUAGAUGACGAUUGUAUUGAUGAAACUGAAUGUUUCCUUGGAGCAAACUCAGAAUUUUUUAGAUUUGAAAAAGCUCCUUGCCAUAUUGAAUUGUGUAGUGCUUCUGUGAAGAAUAAUAAUGUAGACGAAAUAAUAGAAUUUGUAGAAAAACAUUAUUAA